UACAAAAUGAAACUAGCCCCGACUCAUAAAAUCUCUCCGUUCCUGGGUUUUGAAGUCCACAAUGCAGACAGAAAACAUACAUUAUAACUUUCUUAUACUUCAUGCAAUCUGGUUGCGGGUGUUGUCGUUGAUCAGCAUUCGUUGAGAACUAUAAGUACACUAGUUUUCAGAUCUACAGCUCAUAUUGUGACUGAGAUCCAAUGGGGGGGAUACUUUUGUCGGGUACUGUAAAACUCUUCAUUUUGGUUUUUUCCGGAAAACGCUUUGGGUACAACCCUCGUUAGUCUUUAAUCGCUCAUAUAAAACAUUACAGAUGAUAAUUAUUAGGAAGAAAUGAUAGACAAUAUAAUUUAAUACUUGAAAAAUGUGAUAUAAAUCAACAGAAAAAUCAAGUUUAUUUAUAAACAUUAAUUUUAAUGUUAAUAAUAUUCGAACAUUUUUUUUUGUUUUUAACGGCAUCAGUUUCUAUCUUGAUGAAUUAAUGGAGUAAAUAAUGAAUCAUUUCGAAAACGAAGUUACUGUAAUAUCUUAUACCUGGACAACUAUAUUUUUUGUUAUAGAUAGACCUUCUAAAGUUACUCAUUAUGAUAACAAAUCAUACGAGUACAUUUUUAAAUUCAAGAAAAAAAAAAGUUCAAUUCUCGUUUUUUGUGUUCAAUUUAUUCAUGUUUAGUUUAGUCAUAAUUACUAACUAUCGAAUGUAAGAUGAUAUAUGGGUUCGAAUUGAUUCUUUAUAAUCGAAUUCAAGUCUAUGUUUCGUGUUGCACUAUAAAGGUUGACAUUAAUGAGAUUUAUUGUCUUUUUUUUCAAAUUCUAUUUUAGUACUAAAUGUGAAACAACAAAUAAAAAUAAUAUAACAACAUGUUCCGAUAAAUUUGAAACACCCAUUCGACGAGUUCCAUCUAAAAAACGUGUUCGAUGUCUUUCAACAACAACACCUGAUAUACUUGAAAGAAAAAAAUCUAAAAGUACACAAGAACUCAACAUUAAACAACAAGAACGACAUUUUCAUCGACGACUUGCAUCAAAUUUUCUUGAUCGUGAAGCUAUUGCUGAUGAAACAUUAUCUAACACAAUAUCAUCUGAUGAAGAUGAAAAUGAUGAUGAUGAUGAUCAUAAUAAUAAUAGUCUAAAUGAACAUGAUCAUUUUAUUGAUGAUCGACAAGUUCUAACACAAAUGGCAAAUAUUGAUAUGACAAGUGUAUAUUUAAAAAGUAUAAAAAGUCCAAAAGUUCAUUUUCGUCCACCACCACCACCUAUUCCAAUUGAAGAUAUUUAUUCUCAAUUACCAAAUAUGACAAUGAAUGAUGAUAAUUAUGAUCAUAAUGAUAGUUUUGUUGAUGAUACAACACAAAUAAUAGAUGAUCAUCAUGGUGAAGUUGAUUUUGAUGAACUUGCAAAUAUUCUUGGUACUCAAUCAGUUGUACAUCGUCAAAGUAAAGUAACAAGACGUGGAGUUAAAUUUGGACGAACAUCAGAAACAACAACACCGCAACGAAAACCAACACGUCGUGUUCAAAUAGCACAAAGUCCUAUGUAG